CCUACUGGUCGUUGUCCGUGGGUCCCAUCAUAGGGCGCCGGGAUAGUUUAUCGUCUCCAUUAAUUUGCCUUGGUAUAAUUUAACUGUAUUUUAUUCUCGAGUUUCUGAAAGGCAGAUGUUCUGCCGUCCCUCACCGUUCUCGGGCAGAUCUCAUUACGCCUUCACGUAUGAUAUUCCGGCUAGGAAUUCUUUAUUGACAUCACCAGGUGUAGAGCAGGUCCACGGCAGGUCGAUAAAUUUAUACUGUGCAGCAAAUGGCGGAUACGAACUCAUCAGGUGCCGGGACUAGCACCCCGGCGCCACCUACAGACACUGGCUACACACCAGGGGAUGACACUUGGACCCAAAUGAAGAACAUGUUCUCGAUUCUGACAGGUAAAAUGACGGAAGAGGGAAAGGAUCAAUUUUUACUUGCGCGGGAUAUCCGAAAUGAAGAAAUUGAUUGUAAACGCUGUGAGGAUCAGCGUGAUUAUCUUAUAAAAUACAGUCCCAUCAUCCGCUUUCUCCAAGAUAACAUAAAGCAACUGGGCGGCGAUAUAUCUAGCCACAACAUCCAUUGCCGACGCUGCACGCAACGACAAGCCGGCGGCUUCGACCCGGAGUACGGUAUCCGGAUAUGCGCAAAUGCAAUGAAGGACCAGGGACAUCUAGAGGAUACAAUGGCACAUGAGAUGAUGCAUGCCUACGAUCAUUUACGGUUCAAGUUGAACUGGACAGACAAUUUGAGACACGCUGCUUGCACUGAGAUCCGGGCAAGCUCAUUAAGCGGAGAAUGUAGAUGGGCCCGAGAGUUCUUCCGCCGCGGCCAAUGGAAACUAACUCAACAGCAUCAGGAGUGUGUGCGGCGACGUGCUGCCUUGUCAGUCAUGGCGCGGCCGGCUUGUAAGGAUGCGGAGCACGCGAGACAGGUCGUGGAUGAGGUUUGGGAUAGCUGUUUCCGAGAUACCCGCCCUUUCGAUGAGAUUUAUCGAUAAGAAAGGAAAAGAGAAAGAAAUUUGUAGGGUGUUUUCUGGAAUUUCCCCCUUUUUUUUCGUUUUUUUAUUAUCAUACAUAUGUACAGUACAUUAUAUGGGUAUCGGUACGACUGUUUGAACUAGACCGUCUGGCAGGGGAGAGCGGCGUUUUUAUUUUGGAAUGAUUCAUUCUUUGAUACUCUGAUAGACCACUCAAUUAACUGACGAAACGAUCGAAAACUUGAAAGAAGCUACUGUAGCCCCAAAAACAAUGAUCCAUGUGCAAUCAUUGCCAUGUGUCCGAUCCUGUACUCCAAAGUUAAGCAAAAUGGACAAUCAACCAUACUCCAUACACCCGCUCGAUAAACGAUAGCACCCACUACUAAACCCAUGCUAGAAAUGUUCAAAACACACAAGGUUACAGGCAGGCAAAUCUACUCUCUAUAACUUUUGUUGCCUGAGCUUCGCUUCGCUGCCCUCUCGCCUUU